GGCAACUGGCCGCCGCCCUCCCCAUUGAUUACUAGCGCAUCCUAGGCGUGCCCCUACUUUGCAUUGCCACCUGCUGACCCUUGGUCCACCCAGAUUUCCGUCUUCCAGCGUAAGCCACUGACAAACCAGGAUUUCCGUCUUCUAACGCAAGCCACUGACAAACCAGGAUUUCAGUGAGAGCAUAAUAAGCACAAGGGGCCGGGCGCGGGGAGGGAAGCGAAGUGGUCGGUCGGUCGACGAUUCCACGGUCCUCCCGCUGGAAGGAGGAGCCAUGGGAGUGGGACUGAACAGGCAGGAAAUGGGGCGGGCGGCGGCGACGGCGGCGGCUCCAACGGCGAGCGCAGCAGGAAGGCAGCAAGCCCUGGCCAGCAGGAGUGCCACUGCCAAGCCGUUCGCCGAAAGGUCUCGGCCGGCGCAGCGAGGGAUGGGUGGCCCAGACAACACGCGCCACAACUACCGCGGUGUCCGGCAGCGCCGGUGGGGCAAGUGGGUGGCCGAGAUCCGCGAGCCCAACCGCGGCAAGCGCCACUGGCUGGGCACCUUCGACAAUCCCGUCGACGCGGCCGUCGCCUACGACCGGGCGGCCGUGUCCAUCCACGGCGCCCACGCGCACCUCAACUUCCCCUGCUCUGCCGCCACCACUGCCGACGCAUCCCUCGAGCAUGAGGCAAAGCCGAUGGUUGCUGCUGCUGCGCUUGGCGGCGGUGGCGCAGAAGCCGUAAGUCAGCGGCAGGAGGACGACGACCCUCAUGACAUCGCCAUGUACAUCGAUUUCGAUGCGGUGUUCGACAUGGUGCCCUUUUGUCAUGGCAUCAAGAGAGAGGAUUGCCAGCAUGAGGGGUUCGAUGGCGACGCCGUUCACUCGCCGCUGUGGGCACUGGGUGACUGAAAUGGGUAUCUGAGCGAGGCAGGGUGAGAUGGCAACUUGGCUGACUUCAGUAGCGUUGUUGUUCUGAUGGUUCUGGCAUGAUUAGGAAUGGAAGUUAGCUUUGCUGGUAGUCCCUUCAGAAUUCAGAUCGUUUAGCUAAGCUUUACAUACUAGUACUAGUAGUAAUGAGUAGUGGUCAUAAUAUUUUGUUCGGUUAGCUGGAAGCUGUGGACUAUAAGGAUCUGCAGGUGGAAUGCUGUAUAGGAUUAGGCUUAGAGAUCCAUAGUGACCUUUUGUUCCUGGUUACUAUGGAAUUUACUGAUGCACCGAGUCGUCAAAUGCUAAUUGGGUAAUCGGUACUCCAUUCCUUUGAAA